GACAGUUCAUCCUAGAGCGGUGGUCGUCUGAUCACCCGCUCGAGACUUCAAAAAAGAGAGAGAAAAAGAAAAUUUUGCGAUAUUGAUUUAACGCGCGAUGGGUGACUCCUUGGACGGCACCGGGGAACCGUCCCCGGAGUCUCAAAUUGUUAUAGUUGUAUCAUAUUCGGCAUUCGCCAAUUAUUUAAAGAAAGUCGUAACGGUCCUCCUACCCGACGAAGAUGUGGUACCACCCGCGUUCAAUUCUGCCCUCGAAGAUAAGAGCAAUCAGGAGUGCGUGAGGAAAUUCUUAGGCGACUCUCAAGUGUGGGCGCUUUACAUACAAAGAAGUUCGAGCAAAGAGGAAGACAACAAUGAAGCAGAUGAAGAAAAAGAGAGCACUGUCUUUUAUAUGUCAAAUGAGAUACAUUUUACUAGUCCUAAAAUGGCCUCCUUAGUUUUAACAAAACGUGGAGCUGUAAUUGAAGCUGAUAAAUCUAUCCAUUCACAGCUGCGUUUAGUUACCUUCUCAGAUGGGCCACCAUAUGAAACAUUGCAUGCGAUAAGUAAAACUAUGGCGCCAUAUUUUAAAAGUUAUGUAAAAGAGACAGGCCGUGCAGACAGGGAUGGUGAUAAAAUGGCACCAUCCGUUGAAAAAAAGAUAGCAGAACUUGAAAUGGGUUUGUUGCAUCUACAGCAGAAUAUAGACAUUCCUGAGAUUUCAUUACAAAUUCAUCCACUUGUGGCACAAGUAAUUAAACAAUGUGCAGAAGAAAAUCGUAAGCCCAAAGUUGCUGACUUUGGCGAUAAAGUUGAAGAUUCUACAUUUCUAAAUCAAUUACAGAACGGCGUUAAUAGAUGGAUAAAAGAAAUUCAGAAGGUUACUAAACUAAAUCGUGACCCAGAAUCAGGUACUGCUUUACAAGAAAUUUCUUUUUGGUUAAAUUUGGAAAGAGCAUUGCAUCGAAUACAAGAGAAACGGGAAAGUAUAGAAAUUACCUUGACACUUGAUAUACUUAAACAUGGAAAAAGAUUUCAUGCAACAGUUAGUUUCGAUAUAGAUACUGGCCUGCAACAAGCUUUGGCUACUGUCAAUGACUACAAUCCAUUAAUGAAAGAUUUUCCAAUUAAUGAUUUAUUAUCAGCUACAGAACUUGAAAGAAUAAGAACUAGUGUUCAACAAAUAUUUAUGCACUUACGAAAAAUCAGGAAUACAAAAUAUCCUGUUCAAAGAGUAUUGAGGUUGAUAGAAGCUAUUUCUAGAGACCUAGGACAGCAGCUUCUUAAAGUGUUAGGUACAAGAAGGUUAAUGCACAUUCCAUUUGAUGAAUUUGAAAAGGUUAUGGAACAAUGUUUUGAAGUUUUUAAUACAUGGGAUGACGAAUAUGAAAAAUUAACUGGUUUACUAAGAGAUAUAGUUAAGAAAAAACGCGAUGAACAUAUGAAAAUGGUAUGGAGAGUAUUGCCAGCACAUAAAAAAUUACAAACUAGAAUGGAACAAAUGCGAAAUUUUCGGCGUCAACAUGAACAACUCAGAACAGUAAUCGUUCGGGUACUUAGACCUACUGUCCGUCAAAAUAAUAAUAAUGCUGCAAUGGAGAAUCCAGAUAAUGAUAACGUAAAAGUUGAAUUUGCUUUAGAUGCAGCAGAUGCAAAUGCCAUUAGUGAAGUAAAUUUGGCAUACGAAAAUGUAAAAGAAAUUGAUUGCCUUGAUAUUACUAAAGAAGGUGUUGAAUCAUGGAAAGCUGCUGUCCAUAGAUACGAAGAACGUAUUGAGAGAGUUGAAGCAAGAAUUACAGCACAUCUCCGAGACCAAUUAGGUACUGCAAAAAAUGCAAAUGAAAUGUUUAGAAUCUUUUCACGUUUUAAUGCACUUUUUGUAAGACCACAUAUUCGAGGCGCCAUUAGAGAGUAUCAGACACAACUGAUACAAAGAGUGAAAGAUGAUAUUGAAGCAUUACAUGAAAAGUUUAAGGUUCAGUAUGCACAGAGCAAGUGUUGUAAAAUGAGUAUAGUUAGAGAUUUACCACCUGUUGCUGGUUCUAUUAUUUGGGUCAAACAAAUAGAUUAUCAGCUUACAAUGUACUUAAAACGAGUUGAAGAUGUCUUAGGAAAAGGAUGGGAAACUCAUAUUGAAGGUCAAAAGUUGAAAGCUGAUGGAGAUAGUUUUCGCAUGAAAUUAUCAACUCAGGAAAUUUUUGAUGAUUGGGCACGCAAAGUGCAACAAAGAAAUCUCGGUGUAACUGGAAGAAUUUUUACGAUAGAAAAUGUACGUUCACGAACGGGGCGUGGCAAUGUAUUAAAGUUAAAAGUGAAUUUUCUUCCUGAAAUUAUUACACUAUCGAAGGAAGUUAGAAAUUUAAGAAACCUCGGCUUCCGUGUACCUUUACCUAUUGUGAACAGAGCGCAUCAAGCUAAUCAGUUAUAUCCCUUUGCCAUCAGCUUAAUUGAGAGUAUUAGAACAUAUGAGAGAACACUUGAAAAGGGAAUUGCUCUAAUUUGGGAAAGUUAUAAAUUAGAUCAAUAUGUACAACGCCUUUCUGAUGCCGUUGUUUCAUUUCAAGAAAAGGUAGAAGAUCUUGUGGUGGUUGAAGAGCAAUUGGACGUUGAUGUUCGAUCUCUCGAAACGUGUCCAUAUUCAGCAAAUACAUUUGCUGAUAUACUUUCCAAAAUUCAGAAAGCUGUAGAUGAACUAUCUUUAAAAAAUUAUUCAAAUUUAACUAUUUGGGUAUCUAGACUUGAUGAAGAAGUAGAAAAGAAUUUAGCAGCCAGAUUAGAAGCAGGAAUAAAAGCAUGGACUGACGCACUCACUGGUCAGAAAAAAGAUGUAGAUCUAAGUAUGGAUACAGAUGCACCGUCUCAGCCCACUCAUAAACCUGGUGGUGAUCCAAAGAUUCAAAAUCAGAUACACGAAGUUCGUAUAACAAACCAAACGAUGUAUUUGUAUCCAAGCAUCGAAGAUGCAAGAUUCCAAAUAAUGCAACAACUAUUUGCAUGGCAAGCUAUCGUAACUUCUCAAGUUCGACUUCAGAGUUCGAGGUAUCAAGUAGGUUUAGAUAAACCUGAAUCAGGCACUUACAGAAAUUUACUUACAAAAUUACCCACUGGAAAACAACCUUUAGAAGCAGCUUAUGAAGCAGUUGAGUCCAAAAUGAGAGAUAUUGCCGAUUAUGUAGAUCAGUGGUUACGUUAUCAAGCACUCUGGGACCUACAGCCAGACAAUUUGUAUGGAAAAUUAGGAGAAAAUAUAAAUUUAUGGAUGAAAUGUUUGAAUGAUAUUAAAAAGACCAGAGCUACAUUCGAUACAUCAGAUACUAGGCGGGAAUUUGGACCUGUCAUUAUUGAUUUCGCAAAAGUACAAAGUAAAGUAUCUUUGAAAUAUGAUUCAUGGCACAAAGAAACAUUAGGUAAAUUUGGAACCCUUCUCGGUAAUGAAAUGGCAAGCUUUCAUUCGCAAGUAUCAAAAUCCAGAAGCGAUUUAGAACAACAAUCGAUUGAAGCUGCAAGUACCUCAGAUGCAGUUGGAUUCAUAACUUACGUCCAAUCAUUGAAACGUAAAAUGAAGGCUUGGGAAAAACAAGUUGAUAUAUAUCGCGAAGGUCAAAGAAUACUGGAACGUCAGAGAUUCCAAUUUCCUUCUUCGUGGCUGCACGUAGAUAACAUAGAGGGUGAAUGGGGUGCAUUCAAUGAAAUAAUCAAAAGAAAAGACACAAGUAUACAAACGCAAGUUGCGUCAUUACAAAUGAAAAUUGUAGCAGAAGAUAAAGCAGUUGAAAUAAGGACUACCGAUUUCCUCAGUGAUUGGGAAAGAGGAAAACCGGUCGAGGGUCAUUUACGACCAGACGAUGCAUUGCAACAAUUGCAGUUGUUUGAAAGCAAAUUUGCUAGAUUGAAAGAAGAAAGAGAUAAUGUAGCAAAGGCUAAAGAAGCUUUAGAAUUGCAAGAACCGGGAGCAGUAUCGACCAGUGAAGAUAGAAUGCAAGUAGUGUUUGAAGAACUUCAAGACUUAAGAGGAGUUUGGUCUGAACUAUCAAAAAUAUGGGCUCAGAUCGAUGAUACGCGAGAAAAACCAUGGUUAUCUGUUCAACCAAGAAAAUUACGCCAACAAUUAGAUGGAAUGAUGGCACAACUGAAGGAAUUACCAGCUAGACUAAGACAAUAUUCUUCAUACGAAUAUGUCAAAAAAAUGCUGCAAAGUUAUACCAAAGUUAACAUGUUAAUUUUCGAAUUAAAGUCUGAUGCUUUGAAAGAGAGGCAUUGGAAACAAUUGACAAAACAACUACGAGUCAACUGGGUAUUAAGUGAACUUACUCUUGGUCAAGUUUGGGAUGUGAACUUACAGAAAAAUGAAGCGAUAGUAAAAGAUAUCAUUCUUGUUGCUCAAGGUGAAAUGGCACUAGAAGAAUUCUUGAAACAAGUUCGAGAAUCUUGGCAAACUUAUGAAUUGGAUUUAAUAAACUAUCAAAAUAAAUGCAGAUUAAUUCGUGGUUGGGAUGAUCUUUUUAAUAAAGUUAAAGAACACAUCAAUUCUGUAGCUGCUAUGAAACUCUCGCCUUAUUAUAAAGUAUUUGAAGAAGAGGCAUUAACCUGGGAAGAAAAAUUAAACAGAAUCAAUGCUUUAUUCGACGUAUGGAUAGAUGUUCAACGACGUUGGGUUUAUCUGGAAGGAAUUUUCUCAGGAAGUGCUGACAUUAAAACACUAUUGCCUGUUGAAACAUCACGCUUCCAAAGUAUUAGUUCUGAGUUUCUUGGUUUAAUGAAAAAAGUAUCUAAAUCUCCAAUGGUAAUGGAUGUCCUAAAUAUUCCUGGUGUGCAAAGAGCACUUGAACGUUUAGCCGAUUUACUUGGAAAAAUACAGAAAGCUUUAGGAGAAUACCUAGAAAGAGAACGUACCUCAUUCCCGCGAUUUUAUUUCGUGGGUGAUGAGGAUCUAUUGGAAAUUAUUGGUAAUAGCAAAAACAUUGCAAGAUUACAAAAACAUUUUAAAAAAAUGUUUGCUGGUGUUGCAGCUAUUCUUUUGAGCGAAGAUAACACUAUUAUUACUGGUAUCGCUUCUCGCGAAGGAGAAGAAGUAUUUUUCCAAAAUCCGGUAUCUACUGUUGAUCAUCCAAAAAUCAAUGAAUGGUUGACGCUCGUAGAAAGAGAAAUGAGAGUUACAUUAGCAUCGAGUCUUGCAAGAGCAGUACAAGAUAUCAAACAGUUCAAAGAUGGAAAUAUUAAUCCUCAAGCUUUCAUGACAUGGUGUGAUAAUUAUCAAGCUCAGAUUAUAGUUUUAGCUGCUCAGAUCUUAUGGUCAGAAGAUGUUGAAGCUGCGUUGCAUGAGUCGCAAAGCGAUCCAAGUAAGAAUUCUUUAGAAAGAGUGUUACUACAAGUUGAGGGUACAUUAAACGUUUUAGCGGACUCUGUUCUUCAAGAACAACCACCGUUAAGACGGAAAAAGUUAGAGCAUUUAAUUAACGAGUUCGUACACAAACGGACAGUAACAAGAAGACUAAUUGCGAAUAAAGUUUCCAAUCCUAAAGCAUUUGAAUGGCUAUGCGAAAUGAGAUUCUAUUUUGAUCCGCGGCAAACUGAAGUUUUGCAGCAACUUACAAUACAUAUGGCAAAUGCUAAAUUUUAUUAUGGAUUUGAGUAUUUGGGAGUACAAGACAGAUUAGUACAAACACCUUUGACAGAUAGAUGUUACUUAACAAUGACACAAGCUUUAGAAGCUCGUCUUGGAGGAUCUCCAUUUGGACCAGCUGGAACAGGAAAAACUGAAUCAGUUAAAGCUCUUGGUCAUCAACUCGGAAGAUUUGUAUUGGUGUUUAACUGCGAUGAGACAUUCGACUUUCAGGCUAUGGGCCGUAUCUUUGUCGGUCUUUGUCAAGUUGGAGCAUGGGGUUGCUUCGAUGAAUUCAAUCGUCUUGAAGAGCGUAUGCUUUCAGCUGUUUCUCAACAAGUGCAAACCAUUCAAGAAGCAUUAAAAAGUCAGAUGGAAGGGAAAAAAGAAGGAACACUUUGUGUAGAAUUAGUCGGGAAACAAGUUAAAGUAUCCACAGAUAUGGCGAUCUUUAUUACAAUGAAUCCAGGCUAUGCUGGACGAUCAAAUCUUCCCGAUAACUUGAAAAAGCUCUUUAGAUCGCUAGCUAUGACCACACCUGAUAGACAAUUAAUCGCCGAAGUUAUGCUUUUCAGUCAAGGAUUUAGAUCUGCUGAAAAAUUAGCAUGCAAGAUUGCAUAUGAUAUUGGUUUUAGGCUUUGUGAUGAACAACUUUCUAAUCAAUCUCAUUAUGAUUUUGGUCUUCGCGCGCUUAAAUCUGUACUUAUUUCUGCUGGAAAUGUCAAACGUGAUCGAAUUCAAAAAAUUAAAGAGGGUAUGCAGAAUCGUGGCGAAACUAAUAUUGAUGAGGCUUCGAUUGCUGAAAAUUUGCCAGAACAAGAAAUUCUUAUUCAAUCUGUUUGUGAAACAAUGGUACCAAAAUUAGUCGCCGAAGAUAUUCCGCUUUUGUUUAGUUUACUUAAUGAUGUAUUCCCGAAUGUAAAUUAUACACGUGCUGAAAUGAAAGGUGCUGCAACUGUAUCAAAUUUGUAACUUAAAUCAUGGUUUGAUGAUGGUUGGCCCAAGCGGUUCUGGGAAAACGACCGCAUGGAAAGUACUGUUAAAAGCCUUGGAAAGAUUUGAAGGAAUAGAAGGUGUGGCCCAUGUGAUCGAUCCUAAAGCUAUUAGCAAAGAAAUAUUGUAUGGUGUAUUAGAUCCAAAUACACGUGAAUGGACAGAUGGACUCUUUACACAUAUUCUUAGAAAAAUCAUAGACAAUGUCAGAGGAGAAAUUAAUAAACGACAGUGGAUCAUAUUUGAUGGUGAUGUUGAUCCAGAAUGGGUUGAAAAUUUAAAUUCUGUACUAGAUGAUAAUAAACUGCUUACAUUACCAAACGGCGAACGUUUAAGUUUGCCUCCAAAUGUGAGAGUUAUGUUUGAAGUACAAGAUCUAAAAUAUGCCACAUUGGCUACUGUUUCUCGUUGCGGUAUGGUGUGGUUCUCUGAAGAUGUACUUUCUACAGAAAUGAUAUUCGAAAAUUACAUGUUGCGUUUAAGAAACAUUCCUCUCGAAGAUGGAGAAGAAGAUAAUCUUGGCAAAAAGGCAACAGAAAAAGAUGAUACUAUGUCUCCUGCAUUAUCAGUUCAAAGAGAAGUUGCCAGCAUUUUACAGAGUUAUUUUGCUCCAGAUGGGUUGGUAGUAAGAUGUUUGGAAUAUGCUAUGAAACAAGAACAUAUAAUGGAUUUUACACGUCUGCGAGCAUUAAGCUCUUUAUUUUCUAUGUUAAAUCAAGCUGUACGAAAUGUUUUACAAUAUAAUCAUUCACAUACAGACUUCCCUUUGCCAAGUGAACAACUGGAACGUUACAUGCCAAAAUGCUUGGUAUAUGCUUUGUUAUGGAGUUUCGCAGGUGACGCGAAACUAAAAGUUAGAUCCGAUUUAGGGGAUUUUGUUAGAUCUAUCACGACUGUACCUUUGCCAACCCAAAACAACAUUCCUAUUAUUGAUUUUGAAGUAAGCAUUCAUGGUGAAUGGUUACCUUGGAGCAAUAAAGUUCCACAGAUUGAAGUAGAAACGCAUAAAGUUGCUAGUCCAGAUAUCGUUGUGCCUACUUUGGAUACAGUAAGGCAUGAAAGUUUACUUUACACAUGGUUAGCAGAACAUAAACCAAUAGUGCUUUGUGGUCCACCUGGCUCUGGUAAAACUAUGACGCUUUUCUCUGCUUUACGAGCUUUGCCCGAUAUGGAAGUUGUUGGACUAAACUUUUCUUCUGCUACUACACCUGAAUUAUUGCUGAAAACUUUUGAUCAUUAUUGUGAAUAUCGUAAAACACCCAACGGCGUUGUACUUUCACCAGUACAAUUGGGCAAAUGGCUGGUUCUAUUUUGCGAUGAAAUUAAUUUACCCGACAUGGAUAAUUAUGGGACACAACGCGUAAUCUCGUUCCUUAGACAAUUGGUAGAACAUAGAGGUUUCUAUCGUACUAGCGAUCAAGCAUGGGUUACUUUGGAAAGAAUCCAAUUCGUUGGUGCUUGCAAUCCUCCAACAGAUCCAGGUAGAAAGCCGCUUAGUCAUAGAUUUUUACGACAUGUUCCAGUUAUAUAUGUCGAUUAUCCGGGAGAGACAUCUUUAAAACAAAUUUAUGGUACAUUUACACGGGCUAUGCUUAGAUUAACACCUUCUUUACGAGGUUACGCGGAACCUUUAACCAAUGCAAUGGUAGAAUUUUAUCUAGCUUCGCAGGAAAGAUUUACUCAAGACAUGCAACCACAUUACGUUUAUUCUCCGCGCGAAAUGACACGUUGGGUACGCGGAAUUUGUGAAGCUAUUAGACCCUUGGAUAAUUUGUCGGUUGAAGGCCUAGUACGCUUAUGGGCACACGAGGCUCUUCGUUUAUUCCAAGAUAGAUUAGUGGAAGACACUGAAAGAGCUUGGACCAAUAAGAAUAUAGAUAUCGUUGCCAUGAAACAUUUUAUGGGUGUUGAUAAGGAAAAAGCAUUAACGAGGCCUAUAUUAUAUAGUAAUUGGUUAUCUAAAGAUUAUGUGCCAGUUAAUAGACAAGAAUUACGAGAUUAUGUUAGAGCGAGAUUGAAAGUAUUUUAUGAAGAGGAACUGGAUGUUCCUCUGGUACUCUUUGACGAGGUUCUUGAACAUGUUUUACGAAUUGACAGAAUUUUCCGUCAGCCUCAGGGACACUUAUUGCUUAUUGGUGUUUCUGGAGCUGGUAAGACAACUCUGUCUAGAUUCGUUGCUUGGAUGAAUGGUUUAUCCAUUUUUCAAAUAAAAGUUCACAAUAAAUAUACUGGUGAAGAUUUUGACGAAGAUUUGCGUCAAGUGUUAAGACGAUCUGGUUGUAAAGAUGAGAAAAUAGCAUUUAUUCUUGAUGAAUCUAAUGUUUUAGAUUCUGGUUUUCUUGAACGUAUGAAUACCUUGCUUGCAAAUGGAGAAGUACCUGGUUUAUUCGAAGGUGAUGAGUACACGACGCUUAUGACACAAUGUAAAGAAGGAGCGCAACGCGAAGGUCUUAUGUUAGAUUCUAACGAAGAACUGUACAAAUGGUUUACUGGUCAAGUCAUGAAGAAUUUGCAUGUAGUAUUUACGAUGAAUCCCAGUACUGAUGGUCUUAAAGAUCGAGCUGCGACAUCACCUGCAUUAUUCAAUAGAUGUGUGUUGAAUUGGUUUGGUGAUUGGUCAGAUAACGCGCUAUUCCAAGUUGGCAAAGAGUUUACCAGCCGUGUAGAUUUGGAAAGACCCAUGUGGAAGUGUCCAGAUUUCUUCCCUUCAGUUUGCUCUUUAAUCCCAUCUCAACCUUCUCAUCGAGAUGCUGUAAUAAACGCUUGCGUUUAUGUGCACCAAACAUUACAUAAAGCCAAUACUAGACUCGCCAAACGUAGUGGCAGGACAAUGGCUAUUACACCCCGCCACUAUUUAGAUUUUAUCAAUCAUUUCGUAAAGUUGUAUCAAGAAAAGAGAAGUGAUUUGGAAGAACAACAGUUGCAUCUAAAUGUCGGUUUAAGUAAAAUUGCGGAAACGGUAGAACAGGUGGAGGAAAUGCAAAAAAGUUUAGCUAUAAAAUCUCAGGAACUGCACGCCAAAAAUGAAGCUGCGAAUGCGAAAUUGCGACAAAUGGUUAAAGAUCAACAGGAAGCGGAAAAGAAGAAAGUGCAAAGCCAGGAAAUUCAACAACAAUUGGCAAUACAAACUGUUGCUAUUAACCAAAAGCGAGACGAUGUUAUGGCCGAUUUAGCACAAGUUGAACCAGCUGUUAUUGAUGCACAAAACGCUGUCAAGGGGAUUAAGCGGCAGCAUCUUGUCGAAAUUCGGUCAAUGGCAAAUCCUCCAAAAAUCGUAAAACUAGCUUUAGAAUCUAUAUGCCUGUUACUUGAGGAAAAUGCUACUGAUUGGAAACAGAUCCGUGCUAUCAUUAUGAAGGAUAGUUUCAUACCAACCAUCGUCAACUUCAACACAGAAAACAUCACCGGUGAAAUCGAUAAAGAAACAACAUUUAGUCGAAGUUCGGUCCAUGGCGAAUCCGCCGGCGAUCGUGAAGGUUGCAUUGGAGUCUAUCUGCUUAUUGCUCGGCGAAAAUGCCAGUGAUUGGAAAUCUAUCCGCGCAGUCAUCAUGAGGGACAAUUUUAUCAAUACUAUUGUCUCUAAUUUCAGUACCGAGGAUAUUACAGAUGAAGUGAGAGAAAAAAUGAAGAGUCGAUAUUUAAGCAACCCUGACUAUAAUUUCGAGAAAGUCAAUCGGGCCAGUAUGGCUUGUGGACCUCUUGUUAAAUGGGCCACCGCACAGAUUGAAUAUGCAGACAUGUUGAAACGAGUAGAACCUUUAAGAGAUGAACUCCAUUCGUUAGAACGUCAAGCUGAAACAAACAAGCAAAAAGGUGAAGAAGUAAAAAAUUUGAUUGCUCAACUGGAACAAAGCAUAGCUUCAUAUAAGGAAGAAUACGCGCAGCUUAUUUCUCAGGCACAAGCUAUUAAAGCUGACUUGGAAAGUGUACAAGCUAAAGUAGAUCGUUCUAUCGCCUUAUUAAAAUCGUUAGUUAUUGAAAGAGAACGUUGGGAAGCAACUAGUGAAACAUUUAAGAGUCAAAUGUCUACAAUUAUUGGAGAUGUACUUUUGUCAUCUGCUUUCUUAGCAUAUGCUGGAUAUUUCGAUCAACACUAUCGACAAAAUUUGUUCAGUACUUGGUGUCAACAUUUACAACAUGCAAACUUACAAUUCCGACCAGAUAUAGCAAGGACGGAAUAUCUCUCAAAUCCAGAUGAACGUUUAAGGUGGCAAGCUAAUGCUCUACCAACAGAUGAUCUUUGCACUGAAAAUGCUAUUAUGUUGAAACGAUUCAAUAGAUAUCCGUUAAUUAUUGAUCCAUCUGGACAAGCAACAGAAUUUAUAAUGAACGAAUUUAAAGAUCGAAAGAUCACGAAAACAAGUUUCUUGGAUGAUUCAUUUAGAAAGAAUCUGGAGAGUGCGUUACGUUUUGGUAAUCCUUUGUUGGUACAGGAUGUCGAAAAUUAUGACCCCAUAUUAAAUCCUGUCCUAAACAGAGAAUUAAGAAGAACAGGCGGGCGUGUGCUAAUUACACUCGGGGAUCAAGAUAUUGAUCUUUCACCAUCUUUCGUGAUCUUUUUAUCAACAAGAGAUCCAACAGUGGAAUUUCCACCUGAUAUCUGUUCUCGUGUUACCUUUGUAAACUUCACCGUUACCAGAAGUUCGUUGCAAAGUCAGUGCUUAAAUCAAGUUCUGAAAGCUGAACGACCGGACAUUGAUGAGAAGAGAUCUGAUUUACUAAAAUUACAAGGUGAAUUCCACUUGCGACUGAGGCAGCUUGAAAAAUCCUUGUUGCAAGCAUUGAAUGAUGCUAAGGGGAAAAUUCUUGAUGAUGAUUCUGUGAUAACUACCCUUGAAACUUUAAAACAGGAAGCGGCUGAUAUUAGUAAAAAAGUCGAAGAAACGGACAAAGUAAUAGCAGAAAUUGAAACAGUCUCUCAACAGUACAUGCCUUUGUCUCAAGCUUGUUCAAAUAUGUAUUUUACAAUGGAUAGUUUGAAUCAAGUGCACUUCUUAUAUCAGUAUUCUUUGAAAAUGUUCUUAGAUGUUUUCACGUCUGUUUUAUCUCAAAAUCCAAGAUUGUCUAAUAUAUCAGAUUACACGCAAAGACUAUCAUUUAUUACAAGCGAUUUAUUUUCUGCUUGUUACGAACGCGUUGCUCGUGGAAUGUUGCACACCGAUAGAUUAACAUUUGCAUUAUUACUAUGUAGAAUUCAUCUGAAAGGUAUUGCUGCAGAAUCCACUUACGACAGUGAAUUUACAUUUUUCUUGCGUGGAAAAGAAGGUGUACUGAAUAUACGAGAUCCUAUAAUGCCUAAUUUGAGUUCAGAACAACAAGAAGCUAUGAUGCGACUGAGCCUUAGAUUACCAGCUUUCAAAAAGUUGCGCGAGAAAAUUCAAGAGAAUACAGAAUUCAAUACAUGGUUACAAUCGCCAACACCCGAGACGUGUGUACCGAAACUUUGGGACGAAGAAAAACCAUUGACAUCGACUGGGACAGCUAUGCAUCAACUAUUAAUAAUUCAAGCAUUCCGGCCAGAUCGAGUGAUAGCUGCUGCGUCUUUAGUUGUAACCUCUGCUUUGGGAGAGUCUUUCAUGGCAGCUGCAGAAGCAGAACUUGAUUUUGCUUCCGUUGUUGAAAAUGAAUUGAAGGCCACUGUACCUGCACUGCUUUGUUCAGUACCUGGUUUCGAUGCCUCUGGUCGAGUAGAUGAUUUGGCAGCUGAAUCAGGCAAACAAAUAGCCAGUAUUGCAAUCGGAUCUGCAGAAGGGUUUAAUCAAGCGGACAGAGCAAUAAAUAUGGCUGUCAAAGCGGGUAGAUGGGUACUAUUGAAAAAUGUCCAUUUAGCACCACAGUGGUUAGUACAACUUGAAAAGAAAUUGCACAGUCUACAGCCACAUGCUAGUUUUAGACUAUUCUUAACCAUGGAAAUUAAUCCAAAAGUGCCAGUUAAUCUGCUCAGAGCUGGUAGAAUAUUUGUCUUCGAACCGCCUCCUGGAAUCAGAGCAAAUUUAUUACGAACUUUCAGUACUGUACCAGCAUCAAGAAUGAUGAAAGUACCUAACGAAAGAGCCCGUCUUUACUUCUUAUUAGCGUGGUUCCAUGCUAUCGUUCAAGAACGUCUUCGUUAUGCACCGUUAGGAUGGGCUAAACAUUAUGAGUUCAAUGAGAGCGAUUUAAGAGUAGCUUGUGAUACUUUGGAUACGUGGAUAGAAGCCACUGCUAUGGGCAGGACUAAUUUACCGCCAGAGAAAGUACCUUGGGAUGCGUUAGUGACAUUACUAUCUCAAUGCAUAUACGGUGGUAAAAUUGAUAAUGAUUUCGACCAACGUCUUCUUGCAUCGUUCCUUCGCAAGCUUUUUACUCCGCGAUCUUUCGAAGCCGAUUUCGCGCUUGUUGCUAACAUUGACGGUUUGCAAGGAAGUCAACGACAUAUUACUAUGCCAGAUGGUACCAGACGUGAUCAUUUCCUUAAAUGGAUUGAAUCACUGUCUGAUAGACAAACGCCCUCGUGGCUUGGACUACCAAAUAAUGCGGAGAAAGUAUUACUCACGACGAGAGGUACAGACUUGGUAUCUAAAUUACUAAAAAUGCAACAAUUAGAAGACGAAGAUGAGUUAGCGUAUUCUAACGAGGAAUCGUUGGAUACACCUAGAGAAGCGGAAGCUGAUGGCAGGCCAUCAUGGAUGAGAACAUUACAUAAUUCAGCAUCAACAUGGUUGCAAUUACUUCCGAAAAAUUUACCAACUCUGAAAAGAACUGUAGAGAAUAUAAAAGAUCCUCUCUACAGGUAUUUUGAAAGAGAGGUCAACAGCGGAGCUAAAUUGUUACAAGACGUAAUUCAUGAUCUAGAAGACGUUGUUUUAAUUUGUCAGGGUAAAAAGAAGCAAACCAAUUAUCAUAGAACUAUGUUGUCAGAAUUAGUGAAAGGUAUUUUACCUGGUGGUUGGAGACGAUACACAGUACCCAGGGGAUGUACUGUCAUACAGUGGAUAACAGACUUCAGUCACAGAGUGUCACAAUUGCAAGAAGUUUCACGAUUAGUAUCUCAAGGUGGAGCUAAAGAAAUUAAGAGUUUCCCUGUUUGGCUUGGCGGGUUAUUGAAUCCCGAAGCAUAUAUUACGGCAACGAGACAGUGCAUAGCACAAGCAAAUAGUUGGUCACUAGAGGAACUUCAACUCGAUGUAACUAUAGGAGACAGUGACAAUAUUGCUACCGAUGAUUGUUCGUUUGCUGUAACCGGUCUUAAAUUGCAAGGAGCGCAAUGUAAAGAUAAUCAGUUGUAUUUAACUUCAACCAUAAUGACCGAUUUACCAGUUACCAUGUUGAGGUGGAUACGAUCUACCACCGAUGAUGUACGAAAGGGAAAAUUGUCUUUACCAGUUUAUCUUAACAGCACACGUACUGAAUUAUUAUUUACCGUUGAUUUAAAUAUUGCUCCUAGUCAAGAUCCUCAUAGUUUCUACGAGAGAGGAGUCGCUGUUCUUACAUCUACUGCUUUGAAUUAAUACUUAUAAAAUUAGCAAAUUACGAUAUUUAACAAAUAAUCUAACGAUAAAAUUGAAGAAAUGGGUAAACGAACUUUUUAGAAUUGAAGUAGUAAAAAGUCUCUACAUAUAUUGUACUGUUUCCUGAAGAUAUUUAUUAAUUUAAUCAUCUUUAAUUAUUUAUAAAAAUUUUUAAUUAACUAAUAUAGUAUUCUGUCAAUACUCACAUAGUUUCACAGUCGAUCGUUGAUAAAAAUAAAAAGUUUGCCCGUUUCUCGUACUAACUAAAUAUUUAGUAAAGAUAUUAUUUAUCGCUUAAAAAAAAAUGUUCAGCACAAUAUUUUAUAAACGUGUAUUAAAAUGAAACAUUAUACUUGAUAAUUAAUGUAAUUGAAAAUGAUGCAAGACAUCCGUUUUAGAAUUGAUGUUCCAAUAACGGCAUUGUAAUAUAUAUAUAGUUUAUUUAGUUUUCUAUACGUUUAAACUCAAAGAUCGCUUUCUGUAACAAAGUUACGUUAUGUUUGCUUAAGUGUAAGUACGAGAGUAUUGUAAGAUCUAUAUUAUUUGAAUGAUAUAUAAUAAAAAAACUUAAUAUACGGUUUACAAGCGUUAUUAAAAAAGCAAAAUGAGUACCGUUAAAAUGCUUUGUACUUUGUUGCUUUCAUCAAUUAUAUUAAUAUCUAUUUAUGUAAUUAUGCGACAUUAAAUAUAAUAUCAAUAUUUAAAGUGUCGACGUUGUUUAAAUAUGAUCAUUAUUAGAUUAGAUGUCAUAGAAGCACUAUAAAUUUAAAAAAGAACAUAAAAAUUUUAUUAUGGUCCAUAGUAUCAGGUAUAGCAAUUACACGUAUGAAAUAUUAGAAUAUUUGUACGGUAAUAUAUAUAUAUGCUACAUAAUUAUGUAAUUAAAAUUGAAAUUUCUAAUUAGUUCGAUAAUUUUUCAUUUUUUAUACGUAUAUAUUAUCUGACAAAUAAUUCCGAUUGCAUUAUAAAUUUUCCGUUCUUUAUUUUCCAUAUGUUUUUAAAAUAAAUGUAUACGUUGUAUAUACAAAGUGAAUCAGCUACAUAGUAUCACCUAAACAUCUGCCUUAUCUAAUUUUUGUUGUUUGAAAGUAUGUUGUUUCUCAGGAGGUUGUAUUAUAUCAGAAAAUACACGUACCAGAGGAAAUUUCUUCAAAUAAUAAUUUUUUACAAGAUUGUAAGCUCAUUGGAAUCUUUUUCAAUGGAAUUCUAUAGAGGUAUACCUUUUUUCUGUUGAUAUGAUUAUUUGUUCUCUAUACAUAAAAGGUAUAGGUAGGUACUUAUAUAUAAAACUACUUAGUUUAAAAAAAUAACAUUAAUCUCAGAAUUUGAUGUAUGAAAGAAAAAGGGCACAUAGUGUACUUAUUGUGCUUUCCUUCUUGUUCAUACACAAAUUUAGUAAAAUUAAAACUGUAAUAUUUUUUAACUAAGCAUUUUUUGAUAUAAGUAACUUAAUAUUUAAAAAAAAAAUAAAAAAAAUCGUACUGAGUGAAUGUCCUGAGAAGCAUUUUUAUAUAACAAGAUAUAUAAAUAUUUAAGUGAUCCCAAUUAACUGGUCUAGCCUGCAUAUUAACCACUGCUCAAAAAUUAAUAUGUAGACUUUGAUGGAUGUUGGACGGAUUAGAUUAUUGUAACACUAAACAGCCAUCAUAGUUAACGAAGAAAAUGCUUAGUAAGCGAAUUUAAGAUUUGUUAAAAUAUUAUGUACACUAAUAUCAUGAAUCUACUAAAAAGUUACAGCAGUAUAUAUUACACAAACAUUUUAGUUGCACAGUCUUGAUUAAAAAUGCCAAAAUACUAAAAAUAAACUGGUUAAAAGCAACAUUAAUAAAGUUUAACGUACACAUCUAAAAUCAAUGUCUAUUGUAGUAAGUAACAAAACAAGUUUAUGAUAUGUUUCACUGCACGUUGCUAUCCGAUUUUCAUUUGCGCGUCACAGUAAUUAAGUGAUAAGAGAUUAUGCUAUUAUUUAUGUGACAAGAUUAGAAAAUACUGAAUUCAGUCUAAAAGAUAAAAUUAAUUUUUCAUUUAUUGAUAUCAUCGAUGAUAUCAUCGGCAAUUUGUUUAUAUUAUAUCAUAUUGAAUAGUUUGCAGAGAUGCAUAUUGAUAUAAAUGAAACAAGGAAUAAAUCACCGUAACACUAUGCAGCAGAAAUUAAAUAACCGUCAUAUUAUUCUUCGUAAAGGCUCGAAAGAAAGAUAUAGUCUAUAUCACAGAAACGGAUUCGUCCGUUUCUUCGGCAGUCUUCUUAUCGUCGCUAUUAUCGUUAGCCUGUUCAUUGGAGACUAGAGACACGUCCUUCGGAAGGACCAAAGAUUCUUCACCGAUCGGCGCCGCAGCCUCGACUAGAUUCUCAACAGACGCUGCUACCGUCGACUCGUCGUGGCAAAAACUUCUACGCAGAGACUGUUGAGUUCGCGUAGUCCCUCUUCUAAUGCUACUACGAAGUAAAUUAGCCACAUCAACCGCAGUCAAAUUCGAACUGCUCGAUGAAGUCAUACAUGAUCGACGAGAUCUUUCGAGUGUUGAAUGCGUUCUUCCUAUUGAACGUUCUACCGCGCCGAUUCUCAUCGUUCUAUCUAUCGUGUUAGGUCUGUGUCUUUCGGUAGCAUUAUUUUGAAUGUUCGAAUUGGCGUUCUCGUUUCUUAUUUCAGUUAUGUGAAUCGUUACGUCUUGCGUUUGUCUACUUUGAUUCAUUUCUACAAGUACAGUGGCGUAAUCGGGAGGUGGAGGUUGUAGCGCCGGUCUCUGUCUCGGUGUACUGCUCUCGCCGAGCACAUUCGCUAUUCGACGUACACUUCUUCGAAAACUUUGCCGUAACAUUUUUGCUAUUCUCGCUCCCGUUGCUGUAGUAUAACUUGGAGGAGGUGUGUAUUUUGGUGGUGGAUCUUCAAAUGGUACUUCGGUUGUCGCAUGCACAAUACCAUUGCCGUGAAUACUGGUAGUCAUAUCGUUCCCAGUAUGCGUCUGCCCGUCUCGAGAAUCAUCCGGUUCCAAAGAUGGUCGAUACAACAAUUGAAUUCUCUCAAAUAUAUCAGGCGGACCAUUGUUCAAGUAUCGACAUGUCUGUAUGAUAGCCACUGCCGGUAUUGUUAAUAUUGGCACUAAUUGAAUCGUAGCUCCGAGUUGUUUUGCCCAAAUUGACCAGUAUUCUCUAGCGGUACGCCGAUAGGAGUAAAGUUCUCGAAAUCCAGCACUUUUAAAUAUCGUAAUGCUAAGAACCAUAAGAAUUACAGGUAGUACGACAUUCCACGUGAAUGACAAAAGUGGACCAGCCCAGUGUCUGAGACAUCGACCAGUUGGAGGAAAUAAUUCGGCUACUACCGCUUCACCACUAUGUGGUCGUCCCCGUACUGCGAAUACAGCACCAACUUGCACCAAGUAUAAAAUCAUUAUCCACCAAGUACCACCAAUUGUGUAGUCUAGAUAAUAUACGACGUGUAUGCCCAACUAUAAACAAAAGUUUAAGUUUAAUUUAUAGAUACGCGUAUCGACAUCUAUAUUAUUUUUCUUUGAUAUUUCGGUUACUUAUGACGCUAAAGAUGGCGUAGAAGCACUAGUUUUUAUAUCUUUUACUUGAAUAUCUAAAAACAGUGUAUUGUCUUGAACAUAUCCAGAAUAUCGAGUUAAAGUCGUGUGUGGGAUAAACAUAUAAAUGCCAGCUUCUUUAUUCACAUCCUUAGGAUUCGAUUUGUCUUGCCCUACAGCUUUAACGAUUUUUUUUAUAUCGUUUGCUGGAUUUUCUUGAUUUCUCAAUGUGGCUGUUGCUUUAAGAACACAAGGCCAAUCUAACAGUGGAUCCCAUUUUCCGGCUUCAACUUCUAAGCAUCCGAUAAUGUGUCGAUCUUUCCACUGUCCUAUACCAUUCAGAAAUAGCUUCAUUCUUAAAGUAUAUCCAUAUUCUUUGUUUAAAAAUUUUGGACUGUAAAUCACACAGUCACUUUCUUUUGCCUCGGUCAUUUUUUCUUUAUAACGAUCAAUUCUCCAUAGAAGACGACCAUUAGUUGAACAUUGUUCGAAACAUUCCUGUUUACAUGGACAUUCAAGAAAUUCCGGACUAUUAGAUUUUGAAUUAUCCGCGAUCAAUUCCUCCAGAUACUUUAAAUUUUCUUUCAUUUGAAAUUUCAAUUCUUUAAUGUUACUUUUCUGAUUGGUUGCGGUUUCUGAUUGCCGCUCUAUUUCUUCUUCUAAAUUUUUUAUUUUCUCGAUUACAUGUUUCUGCUGAUCUACUAAUUCCUUCGAAUUUUUACAUCUCAUUUCUAAUUCUAAUUUAAGAUCGUGAAUUAACUGUUGUUGCUCUUGCCACAUGUUAUUUACGUGUACGCUCUCUUCCUUAAUAAAAGUUUUUAGAUCUUUUAAUUCUAAACACCAAUUAUUAAAUAUUUUAUCAUGCUUAUUUUGUUCGUUGAUCAACUGAUCGUGUAAAAGUUUCAGUUGUUCCGAGAUACUUUGAAAACUUGAACUGGUGCGUUGUUCCAUGCAAUCAUAUAUCACUUCUAAAUCAUUUAAUCUUUGAUUUAACGUUGUAUUAUACUGGCGACAUGUUUCUGUUGUCUCGGAAAUUUGAAAUCGCAAAGAAUCAAUCGAUUCUUGUUGAGAAUUUAGUAACUUCAAACAUUGAGACAUAGUAUUCUGAAGAGUUCUGCGCUCCUUUUCCUCGUUGUUUAUUACAGAACGAAGUAAUGUUAGAGCAGAGAAUACUUUAUUUCUCCAUAAAGAAUCUUGGACUUCCUUGAAUUGAUUAUUCUCUUUAGUAAUAUUUUUGCAUGUUUUUCGAUGACCUUCCAUAAUAUUUCGAGGCACGUAAACUCCACAUUUGAAAGGACAUUCUUCUAAGACCGAUCCACAAUGUUUCACGUGAUCAUGUAGAUAUUUUUCUUCUAGAAAUUCAUUGCAAAAGUAACAAGCUACGCUUCGCCGUACUAUAGAAUUAACUCGAUUACUCAUUUUCUGAAACGUUCGGUGACUCUACCGAUACUGAUAAAAUGCUUAAUCAGGUUAGAACUUGA